AGGUUUUUGCGGAAUCUAUCCCCGUAUCAUCCCCUUUCCUUCCACCAUAUUGUGGACCAAUGCUUUAUGUGAAGUCUAAGAAAUUGGUGACAAGUUCUAAAUUCGAUCCAGGUUGAAUCACGUCGAUAGAAAUUAUGAGCUGCUUCUGGCGGUGCCAAUCCCAGAGAGAGGCGUCAAAACACAUGAAGAGUGGCUUAGGGCGUCUUAGCAGAGGCGAGGCUUCUCUAAUUGAGAAGGCCAGCGACGGCUGCGUGACUCCCAUUGGGAAAUUGAUGGAGGCAGGACGGGGAGAGGCGGAGAUUGGAUUAGGCUGGGUUUCCGGCGGAGCGUGCCGGAGCAGUGGCGACAGAGCCUGGGAUGGCAUAUUCCCCGACGUCCCACAUGGAUCCGAUCACAAGGACUAGAAUUCGUGGAAUAUUGCUCCCUAUAGGAAGAGAACGGGGCCAUUCUUAGAAAUUUUUAACAGGGUGAGAAUUCGAAAAAUAUUCCUAAACUUAAGCAAAAAUAUUUGUAUAAUUGUAAUGGUCUCUAGGAAAAUUUUCUAUGACAGCACAAGUGAAAACAGACUAUUUUUUGAGAGUUAGUGUGGAAUUCUCUGUAUAGUGCUACACAACUGAGUUCUGGUAAAAGUUUUCCAAGAAAAGUCCUCUAAAAGU